AUGAGCUCGAUGGAAGUGGAUGUGAAUGAAAAGAAUGGUGUAGGAGAAGCUGAUGCCAAUAUGGAGGAUUCUGCAAGUGAAUCAGGUGACAGUGAUUCUUCUGAAGAGCCAGAGGUAGUGCUCAUGGUGAAUCAGCGAGCUAAACGAGCCAAUGCUGGAAACAAAAUGUCAAAACUGAUUGAAUCAUCACAUCAAGAGGAUGAUUUCUAUAAAAGUGCUUAUGGAGGGUUCAAUGAGGAAGACAAUGACGCUCCGUUCCAUUCACCAGCCCAUUCGGACGGAGAUGAAGUUGAUUCGGAUUUUGACAAGCCAGAAGUAGAAGAUGAACCUAUAAGUGAUCAAGAAACUGAUGAUAAACGCCCUAAAAGGAAAUCAGCUUUCAAGGAACCUAAAAGAAUUGAUAACGAAUUGUUGGAAAAAAAUAAGAAAUGGGUCAUCGCCAGAAUGGGAGGACCUACCGUUCCCGCGAAUACAGUUGAUCCGAAAACACAACAGGAACGCUUGAAAGAAGCCCAAGAAACAGAAAAAGCUAAUGUAGAAUCACUUAAAAAAUACGAACAAUUCGAGUUGGAGAGGAAGAAGAAACGGGAGAAAACACAAUCCAUGCGUUCUGUUCCUCAUCCUUGUAUCUCAUAUAAAAGCAGUGCAGAAAGCACUACGAUGACUGUCCCCGAUCUCAAAGUUUUCAAACGUGAACAACCCAAAGUUCAACAUAUUUGUGCUGUGACGGGUCGUCCGGCGAAAUACCUGGAUCCCAUCACUGGCAUGCCUUACUCAUCCAGCUAUGCUUUCAAAGUGAUCAGAGAUAAAUACACUAGACAUUUACAAACUUUAAAAAAUAAUCCUGAAGCCAAAGAGUACUUGGCGCAAUUUGAAAGCUGA